GCGCUGCUGCGCAUGCGUGCGACAAUUUUUCUCAAGCGUCACAACAUAUUUCGUUUGUUGUGUUCUAAUAAAUUUUUAUCAAUUCACGAUGCCUGCGACAAACGAAGAAGAGGAUCCAUACGCACAUUGUGCAAAGGGAGCUUUAAAAUUGAGGAGUGAUCAAACAGUCAGCAAAAAGAAAAAGAACAAAGAUGAAAAGAAAAAAUUGGUGGAGGUUUCCAAAAUCAUUGAGGAGAAAAAACCUGAAAAAACAGAGGUGAUACGAACAAAAGCAGAGUUGGCUUUUCAGAAAAUGCAAGAAAAAAUGCAAACUGAAAGGAUCAAACAGAAAGCCUCCAAGACACAUAAACAACGAGUGGAGGAAUUUAAUCGACAUCUGGAUAGUUUAACCGAACACUUUGACAUACCUAAAGUGAGCUGGACAAAAUAAAUUUCGACAUGUCUCUCAAUUAUAUGUA